AGCACUGUUGCCUCACAGCAAUAAGGUCCUGAGUUCAAUUCUAUCAUCAUGCUCGGGUCUUUCUGUGUGGACACAGUCCAAAGACAUUCAGUUAGUGGGGAAAAGUUAAUUGGAAACAAUAGGUGCAAAUGGUUGUCUGUGUUAGCCCUGUCCAGGGUGUAACCUGACUCUCGCCCUAAGACAGCUGAGAUAGGCUCCAGCACCCUGUGACCCUGAAAAGGGUAAGCGGUGAAAAUAAGUAAAGAUGUUUAAAAUGAUCUUUCCUUAGUAAUAUUGAACUAAAACUGAUUUAAUAAAACAUCACAAUGCAGAAGUUCUUUAAAUGAAUCUUAUUUUUUAUUGAUCGACUUUAAACACUGAAAGUCGUUUUUGUGUUGACGCGGCGUUCAAGGGAUCCACCUCAGCCUCUGCUAAUCCUGCACUCAGGUUAAUGAGGCAGUGAACGCAGCACACACACACACACACACACAGAGGAAAUCAGCUGACUGAGCCUCAGUAAGAAGCCUCAGACAGGCUGGAGUGAUUUUUAAAAUUUGUGAUAAAUUGAGCAUAAAAACUGAUCAUCAGUGAAACUCAAAAUUUGUGUUGAUUGUAUAUAAAGUUUUGUUUCAAAUUAUUCUGUACACACACCCGCUUUUUGGAAUUAUUUGUUGAAGUUUUCUUUAAAGGGAAACACAAAGCAAAAUGGAAAUCAGAGGAGAGGGGGAGGAGUUAUCUCUAUGGUAACACAGCAACAAACCCAGAGAAACCAGAGAAGAAGAAGAGCAGACUUUAUAAGACAAAGGACCAGAGGAGGAGAGGAAGAGGAGGAUCAGCAGCAGGACAAUGGCCUGUUUCCGGGGCAACCGGGAGGAGUUUUACGGAGAAGUGCUUCUAUUGGACAACAGAAAGCUGACAUUGACGGUCGAACAGGGCAUCAAGAUUCUCAAACAGCACAUUUCUCAAUUUUUGUCCCAGCUGGGCCGCCGUACAUUUUCUACUUUGGAGUCAAAUUUUACAUUGAAGAUCCAUCGAAGCUGAAUGAGGAAACAACCCGGCGUCAAUUUUACCUCCAACUUUGUCAGGACGUACGUCGAGGUCGCCUGCCGUGCUCCGGCCACCUCAGAGCUCAGCUGUGCGCUCUGAUGCUGCAGGCGGAUCGAGGCAACCAGAGUGAGGACAACACGUCAGAUGCUGAGGAGAUGCAGGAAGUUCAACUCAUCCGCAAAACGCUCAGUGGCGUCCCUCGCUCUGAGGCUCAGCGCCACUUCCUGUCUGUCUGCAGCUCUCUGCAGAUGUACGGCGUCUCUCUGUUCGCCGCCUAUGGGGGGAACCACACCGAGUACUUCCUGGGUCCAACACCAGUAGGAGUGGUCAUCUUCAAGAACAAAGAGCUGGUGGGAAAAUAUCUGUGGCAGCGAAUCAUCAAACUUCAUUUCAAAGACGAGAAGUUCGAGCUCAGAGUGUCAGGCAGAAACGGUUCAGAGACAUCGUUCUUCUUCCAAACAUUCGAUCGCCGCAACUGCAAAUGUUUGUGGAAGUGUUGCGUUGAACAUCACACCUUCUUCAGGAUGUCAGAGAUAAACCUUGUAACACACAAACUGAAACACAGUAGUUUCACUUGCUCUAAAACUCCGUCUCUCCGUCUGUUGAAAAAUGGCAUUGACAACAAAACGGCAUCAGCUGAUGUGUGUGUGAGGGCAACGCGUCAAGCCAAUCAGAAGCCAAGUUUCAGUAGUGAACUAAUAACAAAAUGCAGCGCACUACCUGCUGUUCAGAGAGGGUCAGAGGGCAGGGCGAAGCCCGAUCAUGCUAAACCCAGUGCACCAUGGGAAAACAACACAAACAUUGGUCUGUUCAACCCAAAGUUUUGUCCAAACACCAACAAAGACGAACAAGUCCCAGGAAGACCACAAAGGCGGAGCAGAAGUCUUGAUGGAGAUUGACCAAUCAGAGAGCAGAGGAGGAGGUCUCGUUCCCGUGGCAACACAAGCAGCGGCAGCGAAUCAGAAAAGAUGUCAAGUAAUAGUGAGCGGCGCCGAAGAAGACCCCCAAACUGCAGUCGCCACAGUGACCACGGUCCUGACGCAACUUCCUGCCACCAUCGCCGCCGCCGCACCCGAUCCCACAGUCCUGACAACCAAAUAUGGAAACACAUCCAGAAGGAGUUGGUGGAGCCUCCCAGUUUAAUUGACAGACAAAUGGAGGACAUACCUUAUAAGGAAGUAAGGGUGUUGGGAGAGCCAGUCAGAAUGUGUCGUUCUCGUUUGACUCGACGGCAUCAGCGGUGGGUGUCGGCCUCAGACCUCUGUUGUACAGAAUUGCUUCCUCCUCUUCCUGUUACCACGGCAGCUGACACUUCCUGUCGGUUUCCCACUAGCGAGCACAGUUAAGACAUGGGCUGGGCUGUUGUGAAGUCUCGUUUUGAAGCCUUGAAAUGAGCAUUUCUGCCAAAAAGACAGAUGUGAUCCAGUGUUUAUAGAGGUCAGACAGCUGCUUCCACAGACCUCUACAGGAGCUGUCGCCCCUGGUGGCCUUCAGACAGAACUUCAUGCUUAGCUUCACCCAGGAGCUGCCUCUAUGUUUUUCAUCAUCACAUCUGUUACCAGUACUAGGGAGCUUUAUCAGAUGGUGCUGGUGUGUCGAUUCAUAGCCACUGUCCAGAGGUUCUGACUUCCUGUGAAGUUCAGGUCACUUCCUGGUUAAAAGUCAAAGAUUAGGGUAGAUAAUGUUUAUUAAGGCAGGUGCCUGGAGGCGAUUACAGGUGAGGAGCAGUUUGGGGAGUGAAGGAAAUCUAAUUCUGGCAUUUCGCAAACGCCUUUAAUAAGCUUUCUGACUGAAGGCUGGGAGAACUGACCCUGCUUUUGUCUGCCUUCAUGGAACAAGUCUAAUGCAAGCACAGAAGAGACUUCACACCUGUGAACACACCUGUCUUACCUGCUUGUAUGUGAUCGGUUUUUGAGUCUCUGUUUUAUUUAUGAUCAUUUAAUUUUUAGUGACUCUUGAUGUGAAUAAAUGGCUGCCUCAUCUUGAUCUCUCUGGCAGUGAUGGAAAAGGACUUCUCUGUUUUAUGAUCUUUGAGCUCAAGGUCGUCACAUGUAGCUGCUGUCAGCUGUUCUGUUUGUGUCGGUCAUAUUCUGGUCUCAUUUUGUCUCUUUUCUUUUUUUGUGGUUUAAAAAUCUGAGCAAUCAAUAAAAAUCUGGCUGACAUUAGUAUUUAAAAAUGUAAAUAUUG